AUGGGUCACAUGUCUCCCAGGCUGAGAGCCUUCCUCUAUGAACCCAUUGGAGAAAAGGAUAUUGGCUGUGUGGACGGGAUCAGCCGUGAGCUGGCCAUCAAUUUGAUCAACAAAGGUUUCAACAAGGCCUACAUCCUGUUGGGACAGUUCCUUCUGAUGCACAAGAAUGAAUCCGAGUUCCAGAAGUGGAUGAUUCGCUGCUGUGGCGCCACCGACUAUGAGGCCCGGGAGAGUUCCAACUGUCUGAAGGAGUGGUGCGCCUGCUUCCUGUAG